AUGGCAUCCCUAUGCAUACAACUCAUCUUCUUCUUGUUUCUCUUCCCAAUAUCUGCUUUAUCUCAAAAAAAUGGUAUUGUGCCUUUGGGCAGUACUUUGACUGCAGGUGAAACAUCUGCUAGUCCUUGGCUUUCACCUUCUGGCGAUUUUGCAUUCGGGUUCCAGGAAGUACAGCAUAAGGAUCUGUUCUUGCUUUCCAUAUGGUUUCACAAGAUACCAGACAAGACUGUAGUUUGGUUUGUUAAUUCAACAAAUCCAGUGCCACGAGGAUCGACUGUAAAGCUUGAUCCUCAAACAGGGCUUGUGCACUGUGACCCUCGAGGCUUACAACUUUGGAGUGCUAAUGUUGAUUCUGCUCAAAUUGAUCAUGGUUUUAUGAAUGAUACCGGCAAUUUUGUCCUCAAGGGGAAUGAUGAUAGCUGGCUCUGGGAAAGCUUCAAACAUCCUGCUGAUACGAUACUCCCAAAUCAAGAAUUGAAAAUUGGUGAUUCUCUUUCUUCUCGAAAGUCAGCAACAAGCUUCUCUAGAGGAAGAUUUUAUCUCCGUUUUCGCGAUGACGGGAAUCUAGUGCUUGUUACGGAUGACGAUGCUGAGUACUACAAUAGUAAGACUUCUGAUUCUAGAGAUCCACUGUAUUCUGGUAGCCAAGUUACUUUUGAUGGCAGAGGUGCCAUGUACAUAAGGAAAAAGGACAAUCAAACAGAGCAGCUGAAUCUAGUUUCAAUACCACGGUUACCACCAGCAUCAGAAAACUAUCAUCGGGCAACAAUAGAUUUUGAUGGGGUCUUCACACAUUAUUAUCAUCCCAGGACUUCUACUGGAAAUCCGAACUGGAAGGUUCUUUGGUAUUUGCCGCCGAAUAUAUGUAUCAGCCUUCGAGCAAACAGGGGCAGUGGAGCUUGUGGAUUUAACAACAUUUGCAACCUCAAAAAUGGAAGACCAGUUUGUGAGUGUCCAAAAAGGUAUGUAUUGCUUGAUCCAGAUGACACGUACGGCAGCUGCAUACCAAACUCAACUCUUAGUUGUGCUGAAGUAGAUGGGCGCUCUGCAGAAAACCUUUAUGAUUUUGAGGUUGUCUCUGACAUAGAUUGGCCACUGUCUGAGUUUGCGAAAAUACAUCCUUCAAAUGAAAGAGUCUGUGUGCAAAAUUGCUUGCGUGAUUGUUUCUGCGCUGUUGCCAUUUACAAAGAAAACAAUUGCUGGAAGCAUGGGCCGCCACUAUAUAAUGGGAAGGCAGAUAAGACUAUUCACACCAAAGCUUUCAUCAAAUACCGCAAGAGUGAUGGAUCAAAGCCGAAGGACCGAGGCACCUUUAUACGUGUGGAACCUGUCCUUCUUGGCACCUCUUUCUUAGUAAACUUGAUAUUCAUUACGACUGCUUGUUUGGGCUUUUACCUCAUGUACCGGAAAAAGAGGGUAAUAUCAUUUGAAUACUGA